GGUAUCGCACAAGGCAAGCGCGUACUGCAACACACGACGCUAAAUUUGUCGAGAACGCAAGACAUGUUACAACGUGAGCAAGACACCCGGCCAGGGAUAGCCAAUUCGAUCCAGCAAAUAAACAAGCAUGGCCGACGUUCCCGCAAACGCACCGGCAAGCUGCCCAGGCACGGGAAGUAACUUGGCCGGCAAGGCAGCGUCGUGCGCAGGAUGCCCCAAUCAACGCCUCUGCGCGUCAGGCGAAACUAGGGGACCUGACCCAGACGUUGCCGUGAUUGCUCAACGCCUGUCAACGGUAAAGCACAUAGUUCUAGUUCUCUCGGGCAAAGGGGGCGUCGGAAAGAGCAGCGUCACUUCCCUCCUGGCCAGUGGACUGGCUCUCUCGGAAAAGGAACCUAAUGUCGCAGUCUUGGAUGUCGACAUCUGCGGCCCAUCGCAGCCGAGAAUAUUGGGCCUUGAUGGCGAACAGGUCCACCAGAGUGCUUCUGGCUGGUCUCCAGUGUACAUGGAGGACAACCUGUCACUCAUAUCUGUCGGCUUCCUCACUGCUCCUGAGGAUGCAGUCAUCUGGAGAGGACCUCGCAAGAAUGGGAUGAUAAAGCAGUUCCUUCGAGAUGUGGACUGGGGUGACCUCGACUAUCUGCUGGUGGACACACCGCCGGGAACCUCCGACGAGCACCUCAGCUUGGCGCAGUAUCUCAAGGACUGCAACCUUGACGGCGUCGUACUGGUCACAACACCACAGGAGGUGUCACUACAAGAUGUCCGCAAGCAGGCAGGCUUCUGCCGCAAGAUGGGCCUGAGAAUCUUGGGCGUUCUCGAAAACAUGCGUGGCUUUGUCUGCCCCAAAUGCCAGGUGCGCAGCGAAAUCUUCCCUCCCAGCACCGGAGGUGCAGCUGCCCUAUGUGAAGAAUUAGACUUGCCUUUUCUCGGGUCACUGCCCCUUGACCCACAAAUUGCCAAGGCCUGCGAUGAGGGAAAAUUGUUCCUGCGAGAGCAUCCCGAUUCUCCAGCAGCAGUUGCGUGCACGGAGAUAGUUCAGAAGCUUUCCACUGUCCUGACAAGCUGACUCGGCCAAGCUUCAGCAGCAACUACCUGACCGUGAUAUCAGAAGCUGUACUGUACGGCAGUUGUGUGCCUACAGCGCAGAUAUUUUGCUGAUGUUCACAAAGACCUGUAGCAACGAUAAGAUAAACACUCGGAAUUUCAUAGGCAAUAGUGACAAACAUUUAGGAUGAACUUAGUAGACAAUUGUAAGUUUUCGACAAAUCAAGUUUACCAUUUGAUGUGUUUUACCAUUUUUAUGGUAUGAAUUGAUUGUCAAUACAGUGCACUUCAGCUUUGAUAGAACGUAACGGAAUUUGAUUGUUAUAACCUUAUGUUAUUAUUUUAUCUAAGCCAAUUUUAUUCGCAUUCGGUAUACUACUUAUAAAACUACGCCCAUUGUUAUAGCCGGUAAAUGUCAUAGGUCGCAUUAUUGUAAGUGGACUGCUCUGUAUAGUUGCAAAGCGUCAAAGACCGUUUGAUAUCUUGAAUGCAGCAUGACUAAGCACAUGCCUGGAAAGUUGAGCUGCAGCACUUCGUAGUGCACGGCAGGCCAGCCCCCCAAAGGAAAUGUGUUGGCGCAUUUUGUGAAUACAUGUAAAUUUGUAGAAUACAUUUCACGGCAUAUUUUCUUUCUGUACAUCGCUGGAUAUACAAUUAAAGUACUCAGUUCACACCCA